GAAGUGGAGAGAAGUUCUGGUAGCUGGGCAAGUCACAGUCAGAUAGGAGAGGCACCUAAAGAAAAUAUCACCACCACAAAGCAACCCCUCCCUUGGCCCAGCAUAUAACCUCACUCAGGUGCCUUCACAGGGUAAUCUGGGCAUGCACGAUCGCUGCCUCCCACAGUAUAUAAAGUACCCCACGAGGAAACAGCCCAUAUUCAGCACAAGAAAAGACAUCCCAAAAUGAAGGUUUUCUUCAUCGUCCUCCUGGCAGCGGUCCUGUGCAUGGACUCAGGUUCUUCUCUGAGGUGUUUCAGCUGCAAGUCAAAACUCAGCAACAACAACUGUAAGGAAGAAGUGAACUGCAGCGGAAAGAGCACAUGCAAGACAGAAGUGAUCAGGAUCAUCGGGCUCUUCAACAUCAUCAGCAAGGGCUGUGAAUCAACAUGCGAAGCAGACUUUCAGGACUUCAAAGUGGGCAACAGGAAUGUCUCUUGCUGCAACACCGACCUCUGCAACGUCAAUGCAGCUGGCAGUGUGAGGUGCAACUAUGGGAUGGCAGCAGGGAUAUCAGCCAGUGUGCUCUGGGCCUUCCUGAACAACAGAUGGUGAGGAGGGAAGAGGAAUCCCAUGACCACGGGAAGUCUUGGAGCACCCCUGUUAUGAUGGGAAUUGUAGCUGGAAGCAAUUUGGUGUGUUGCAUACAGCGUCUUUGAAGCUGAUGGCAGAUCUUUGCCUUAUGAUAGCUUCUUUAUUGCUAUUACUGUAUUGCUGUAUUGCUGUUAGAUGAGAAAAUGUGUGUGCAUAGAAUCCAUGUAACACCUAAAAUAUACUUAUUUCUAA